UGGCAGCCUGAAGCCAUCCACCCCACCAGUCACCGCCAUCAGACCUGCAAUAAAAUGACACGUUGAGUUGCUAUUUAAUCUUUUACACAAACAUCAGGAAUCAUGGCUCAGAGCAAUCCAGGUCCCAUGGAACUUUUCCUUGCUCAGGCAAACCAGGAGACGACUGCAAGCCCAAUGGACAGUGAGAAUGAUGAUGAAGAUGAUGAAAUGGACAUAACAUUUGAUGAUCUCUUGUCCCCUGGCCAGCAUCCUUCUUCUGAUUUAAUAACAAAGUAUCUGAAAGGUGAAAUGACAUUUCUCCAGUUACAAGAUGCUGUCAGGUCCAAACGCCGCAAAGAGGAAAAUGUUGUGUCCCUAGAGACAGCUGACCAGCCUCUGGACAUUGAGAAGCUGACCAAAAUGGUCCAGGACAUGGAGCAGUCUCAAAGUGGAGACUCUGAUGCAGAACCCAGUGCUGAAACCAGUACCACAGUUGGUGAAUUGCCUGCUACGCCAAGAAAACGGAGGAGGAGAGCCAAGAGGACUAAGUUACCAAAGGAGCUCCAAGGUCUGAUGGGAGAAGCCAAUCUCAAAUUUGCCCGUGGUGAAACCCAAGAGGCAAUAGCCAUGUGUAAUGAGUGCAUCAGGCAAG